ACUCCCACCUUACUUUUGUGUAUUGUGUAGUUGAUUUAUCAUAUGAAGUAUUGAUUUUCACAUGUGUUACUGUUUCUGUUUUAGAAUAUAAUGCAGCUAAUUUCAGCUCAAUGGACAGCUGUCAGUGUCAGUAUAACCACAGUAUAGACAAGCUGAGCAAACUUCCUUCGUGCAAAUGUGUGAACUCUAACCAACUCACAAAACCACACAGACUAAUGGAAACAUUUGUGCUUGUUGACCAGUGAUCAAGUAAGAGAUGUGAAGUGAGAGUUUGACGACAUGUUACUGCAGCAAAUGUGAAGGUGUAAGCUUUAAGUAGUCUGAAUAUAAGAGUUGUGGUUUCCUGUUUUGACAUGUUUACACAUUGCUGGUUUGUACCCACUACAACAGAGAACAUCAUGAGUUUUACAGAUGAACUUUGAUAUAAAAAAAAAUAAAAAAUAAAAAAUAAAUAUAAAAAACUUAAUUGAAAUGUAAAGCACACAAUUUCUCAAAUGAAGAUGAUUAUCUGCAUGUAUACAUCAAAAUGAUUUGAUACUAAACAUAUCUAUCAGACAAACAAAAGUUUUACCCCCUCUUCAUAUCUGUUUGAUGAUGAUUUUCAUUUUUGUAAACCAAUCAGAGCAAAUAAGAGUAAAAAAAGUCUAUAGGGUAACCAAUGAUUGGUUUAUACUACUCUUUAUACAUACACAUGAUAAUUUAUUGACCAACCCCUCUGUGACGUGAAACAUUUUAGAAAAGAUUUUCCAUUGACGUGAACCAAUCAGGUGAGAGCUGCCGUCUGUAAGACCCUCACCAGUGUCAGUUAUUCACAGUCACUCACAGAGAUGGAGAGGUCAAGACUUGCUCUCGUCGUGCUCAUGUGUGUUUUGUUGUUCAGUCAGAACAGAAUCUCUGGAGCAGAAGUGGAGAUGAAAGUCAGACCAGGAGACAACGUCACUCUCUACUGUGAUUGCUCUUUAACUUUUGGUUUCCGCUUUUUAUGGAUAAGAAACUGCUCUCAUGAAAAUCAACCCUCUCUAAUAAUAAAUAUAGUAAGUUUGUACCUGGGGACACUUCAGCAUCUCAGCUCUGACUACAACCGCUCCAGUAAUUCUUAUGAUCUACAUAUUACUAACAUCAGUGUCUCUGAUCUGGGACUGUAUUACUGUGCAGAAGUAGAGAAUAAAGUAUAUGAAGAUAAACAAGGCAGGACCAACCGAUAUGAAGUAUACUAUUAUGGAAACCAAACAACUCGUCUCUCUUUUGCAGAGGAAGCAACUUCAUGUUCUGGACUGAACAUCACCUCCACUCCUCAUGUAUCAGACUGUGUUCUCUGCUGGAUGCUGCUGUUCAGUGUGUGUCCGGUGUGUGUUCUCCUCUCCUCACUCCUGUCCUCCAUCUGUGUGUACUGCCUCUGUCAGAGAAAAACUGCAGAUUCUGAGCAGACUGCAGAGAUACUCACCGCAAAUGUUAUUAAGGGGGAUCCUACAGAGAAACAUCAGUGUGAGACGAGAAAAACUGGAAAGAUCUGCCUCCACACUGAAGUCUCUUAUAGACUGCUGACAUCUUCAUAUCCCUAUGCCAAGAUGUGAUUCUACUGCUCAGUUUAAACAACGUACUGAAAACUUCCUGCUUUCUAGUGCUCUUUUUGUACUCAGCAACAUCAGUUAUGAUUUCUGAACUCGCUUUUUCUCAAGCCUGCUUUAACCACAUUUACACAUGCACACACCUAACUAACUAGCAGCACAUUUUUAUAUAAUUGUACACUUACAAAUACAAUUAUGAUACAUAAAUAUAAAAAAAGGUAUUGCUAUUACAUUUUAUUUGCACAUUUUCUGGUUGCAAAUUGUAUUUUUGUAAUGAAAUAACAUUGAUUUUUUUAAAAACAACAUUAA